UUGUAGUGGUGAGAGGCUGCAGGGUGAAGCUGACAGCUAAUCACAUGCAGCCAUGGAAACAAAGCUAACAAAGCUCAUGUCAGCCAACUGUGUAUGUCGCUAACUUCGGUCAACGCAGAGUUAAACCACCUGGCUGGGGACUAGUUGCACCGUACAGAAGACAGAAAGGACCAGGAAACUCUCCUGUCUGUGAGGAGUAGAUGUCUCCCGCCUGCUGCAGCUUCGGUCUGAACUGUUGCCGCCAUCCUCUCCAGCUCUGCAUCUUUCCUCUGCCCAUGCUUCAGGUGGCAUGCAAUGGAUUUCCUCGGUGCCUCAGUUCUGUAACUCUCCCACGAUGAUUGUGAUGGUGGGGCUGCCAGCCAGAGGGAAGACGUACAUCUCCAAGAAGCUCACUCGCUACCUGAACUGGAUCGGAGUGCCGACAAAAAUGUUUAAUGUGGGCCAGUACCGCAGGGAAGCUGUCAAGAUCUAUAAGAACUUUGAGUUCUUUAAUCCUGAUAAUGAGGAGGCCAUGAGGAUCCGCAAGGCCUGUGCAUCAGCCGCCCUCAAAGACGUCGCUCUCUACUUCUCAAAGGAACAGGGACAAGUAGCCGUAUUUGAUGCUACCAACACCACCAGGGAGAGGAGGGCAAUCAUCCUUAGUUAUGCAAAGGAGAGAGGCUACAAAGUGUUCUUUGUGGAAUCAAUCUGUGAUGACCUAGAAAUCAUUACAGAGAAUAUUAAGCAAGUCAAAUUUGGGAGUCCUGAUUACGUGGAUUGUGACAUAGAUGAGGCCAUGGAAGACUUCAGCCACCGCAUCGACUGUUACAGAGCCAGCUACAUUCCUAUAGAUGACGAGAAAGACAGGAAACUCUCCUACAUCAAGAUCUUCGACGUGGGCAGUAGAUACCUGGUGAACCGGGUCCAGGACCACAUUCAAAGCAGGAUAGUCUACUACCUCAUGAACAUCCAUGUCACACCGAGAUCCAUCUACCUGAGCCGCCACGGAGAGAGCGAACUCAACCUGUUAGGUCGCAUUGGUGGAGAUACAGGCCUCUCCCCUAGAGGACACAAGUAUGCCAGUGCCUUGGCGACCUUCAUCAGAGGUCAGAACAUCAGAGACCUGAAGGUGUGGACGAGCCACAUGAAGAGAACCAUCCAGACUGCAGAGGCUCUGGGAGUCCAGUAUGAACAGUGGAAGGCCCUCAAUGAGAUAGACGCUGGUGUAUGUGAGGAGCUAACCUACGAAGAGAUUCAGGAGAAUUUCCCAGAAGAGUUUGCACUGAGAGACCAGGACAAGUAUCGUUAUCGCUACCCAAAGGGUGAGUCCUAUGAGGACCUUGUCCAUCGUCUAGAGCCGGUGAUCAUGGAGCUGGAGAGGCAGGAGAACGUUCUGGUUGUCUGCCACCAAGCUGUAUUUCGCUGCCUGCUGGCUUACUUUGUAGACAAACCUGCAGAUCAGCUGCCUUAUCUAAGAUGCCCCCUCCACACGGUGCUCAAACUCACACCAAUAGCUUACGGCUGUAAAGUUGAGUCAUUUUUCCUCAAUGUUGAAGCAGUCAACACACACAGAGAGAAGCCAGUGAAUGUCGACGUCAACAGAAACCCUGAGGAGGCUCUGCUGACUGUUCCUGACCACGUAUAAAUGCUGUUUUGUGAGAAAAAGGACUACGAUCACGUGAAACUGGACGUGUUGCUACUUAUUAGCUUCACUAAAUAUUAGAGAUGCACUCCAGUGAAAGGUUGAUUGUGUGAAAACAGAAGACUAGGUGGUAGAAAUGGGGCUAUAUGAAAACAUCAGUACAGAAGCACACGGACCUGCUGCACUGACUGAACAGGACAUGGCUGGUGCAGGAGAUCAUGACUGUGAAAUGUUCCUGUGUCUUAUGUGACUAGAGUUUGCUUUUUUGUGAAAUUGUUUACAAAUGAUUUAGAGACAAUAAAUAAUGCACUGUGCUUUGAGGCUGAGGGGGAAACAUUUAAAAAGAUGUAGUUAGGUUGUCAUAGUAACACCUGUAACUGUUGCACAGAUAAUGUGUUGUUGAUAAUCUAAUUUUAUUACACGGCUGUGUUGAA